AUGGCAAUGUCAAUGGCAACAGCAGAUCUCGACCACCUCGACACAGAGAAUACUACAACAGGACCCACACCCACGAAGGGAAACGUCCCAACCGAGACCCUCACGCCAACCGUAGAGACGACAGCCUCAAAAGCUGACUCUGGAACAACGGGCGCAGCAGAAGAAGGAGACGUCGAUGAUGACGAUAGAUCCAUUCACUUUGUGACCAUAGAGCCAGACACCCCAGCCAACACUGUAAUAACGACGACAACGACGACUACGACGGAAGAGCCACCUUUCGAAGGUGAUGGAGUAGACCCCGCAGAGGCCUUAAUCCCAUCUCGAUCUACCUUUGACUGGCUCGCCUACACUGUCUCCCUCAACUAUAACCGCCUGGCAACGUCAGUGUUCUCGCCAAUAACACGCUGGAACUGGUACGACCCCGUUCCGCACACAAGCAUCAUCCUCGGCGCCGUACCCUCCCAACAGCUCCUCGUUCAUCUCCAACGCGGCCAUGCGAUCCAGGAUAUUGUCAACAUGUGUGCAGAGUUCAAGGGGCACCUCCAGACCAUGACAGAGUUGGGGCUCGUACAGUCUGGACGUGGCAGGAGCGCGACAGUGGUAUUGUGUUGGCUGGUUUACUGCUACAAGUUGACCGUCGUCGAGGCUCAAGUGAUACUGCUCAAAGCAAGAGGACAGGUCGAUAAGAAUGUGUACUUGCAUCCGGAGGUGGUCUCGUUCUAUGACCAAGUCCAGGAGCAGGAAAAGAAUGGGGUACUUGAACGAAAGGUCUGGCCCGGCAACAACUCUCACUCUCAAGUCGACAACAACAAUGGAAGUAACGAUAGCAGCAGUGGUGGAGGCGGAGGUCGUACGGGAGAAUGCAGCGGUGGUACAAGUGGCGAUGCGUGA